AUGACGGAAUCAAAGUGGCGAGGGGUUUUCGGCAAGCCGAGAAAAAAAUCAAUGUUUAAGUCCUCCCAAAUGUUGUCCAGAACGGGCAAGGUUUUACAAGUCACAAAACUGAAAAAACCCACCCUCAUUCUCUCAGUCUCUCUUCUGCCUCUCUCUGUCUCUCGCUCUCUCACCCAGACAGACACCCACGCCCACGACUACCCACCCUCACGCCUCACCUCUCUCACUCUCACCCACCCUCACAGAAGCCCUAGCCGCCGCUUCUCUCCUCAGUCAUCCUCCCUCGCACGUCCGCCUCCGGCCUCCGGCUCUCUCACUCUCUCUGCCGCUCUAACUCUCACGGUGAAAGAAGCCCUAGCUGCCAGCUGCCGCUCUGCCGAUCUCCUCAGUCCUCCUCGGGCUCGUACGUCCGCCUCCGCCAAGCUCCGCCGAGAAUGGAAUUCUGGGAAAUGGGGGAAAAAUAUAAAAGGAACCAUUGUCUGUAAUCUAUAUGGGAGAGUUUAUGUGAAUUUUGGAGAGAUGUCUUCAUCGGAAAAGCAAAAAGAGAUAGAGUCUCAAUCUAGUAAAAAAGAAACCGAAACUACUGAAACACAAGAGACAACUGAGGAAGAAGGGAAAUGUACUAAGAAAAUGAAGAAAGCCCGACAAAGAGCCGUUUCAGAGUAUAUCGUAUUGGAUGAGUUACCGUUCCGACACGUGGAAGGUAAAGGGUUUAAGCGCUAUUCGGCGUACUUGAAUCCUAGAGUGUUUGACAUUUCAAGGAUAACAAUUGCGAGGGAUGUUUAUCAAAUGUUUUUGGAGGAGAAGAAGAAGUUGAAGAAGGUUUUAGGAAAGCAACGGGUGUGUUUGAUGACUGAUACUUGGACAUCAAUUCAGAACAUCAAUUACAUGUGUUUGACCGCACAUUGGAUCGAUGAAGAUUGGAAUAUGCAGAAAAGGAUCAUUAAUUUCAUCCAAGUUCCGAAUCAUAAAGGAGAAACAGUUGCACAUGAGAUUUUGGUUUACCUUAAUGAUUGGGGCAUAACUGCAUUGUUCACAGUUACAGUGGACAAUGCAUCGUCCAAUGAUGUGGCUAUGGACAGGUUGAAGAAAAAAGUCAAAGAUAUUCCUAAUUUUCUUGUCUUAGAUGGCCAGGCGAUACAUAUGCGGUGUGUCUGUCACAUUCUAAACUUGAUUGUUAAUGACGGGCUCACGAACUUAGCAUAUUCUAUUGCAAGCAUUCGCAAUGCAGUUAGGAAUGUGAGGUCCUCACCUCAACGCCUCAAGAAGUUUAAGGAGUGCAUGAAGAAGAAAACAUCAACUCAACUGCCCUAUUGUGUUUGGAUGUGA